GCCUGGAGCAUUGCAGGAGGGGCCUGCCUCCUCCUGAGGAUGGAGAGAGCCAUCCUCUGCUGGCCUCGGGGUCUAGGGCACGUUUUGAGGAGGGGGAGACAGUGUGUAGGGAGUGAGCAGCUGGGCCCGGGCAUCCAGAACCCAAAGCAAGUCAGCAGCCGCCACCCCCAGCCCAGGCCUCCCCAAGCUGAGGAGUCUGGGUUUAAUUUUCUGGUCAGUGCAAAAAGGAGGCGGAAGAGGACGAGGAGGAGGAGAAGAAAGGAGAGAGUUGAAGUUCCAGUGCAGUGGGCUGGGAUCUGUCACUCAGUGCACAGCCCGCUGACGACUAAGGGCAGCCGAGCUGUGAGCGGCCCAUGAUUUAUGGACACCGAGUGAACUCCUGCGGCAGAAACCAGCCUUGAGAUCAGAGCAGCAAUAGGGCCCUUUUUUUGGCAGGAGACAGGGCCUGCAUUUUUCUCAUUCAUGCCAAACUGCUUUGCACGGCAAUUAGCUCUGUCCUCAUUUAGUCUCCAGUCCCAAAGGGUAAUGAAAGUCAUAUAUCAUCUUCAAGACUGCUAAUUAUUGAGCUCGCUUACAGUUGUGGUUGGUGAAGAAGUUGGUCUGAUGCAAGCUAAUCCACCAUAUCCAGAAGCAAUACAAAGAGCAUGGACUUCGGAGCCAGAACUCCAGGAUUCAAAUCUCAGUUCCAUCAUUUACUUGUCCUGUGAUCAUGAACAAGAAUCGACAUAAUUUCUCUGGCUGCGGGUUGCGCUGUCUGUAUCCGAAUAAAUCCAGCUCGCAUUCGUCCAGCAGGAAACGGCUCCCGGUUCCCGUGUACGGAGACGCAUCGGCCCAGCACGGGACGCGAGAUGGCUCCUCGUGCUCAUAAGGCGGCAGGUCUGGCCUCCGAGGGAGGCUGGACUAUCAGCGCGCUCAGGCCGAGCAGCCUCUCGCUGCCCGGCAGUGCCUGGCAGUCGCCCGCCUCUGCCUGUGCUUCGGGAACCCGCCGGGCCGAGUCCGUCCGGGGCGAAAACUGAAAGCAAAUUCCACGGCAGAUGAAGCUCGAACUUUCUACGAAGCAAGUUUGCAGCAAAGAUUCGGUGGUACCUUUGAGAGGACAGCGCGCGCAAAGUGGGGCGGUGGGCGAAGAGGGCACCGGAUGUCUGAGCUUGGUCCGCGGCGAAACGAGAGGGAAGGCGCCUCCCCUUCCUUAUUUCUCGCCAACUCCUCGGCCUCUGUCCGUAAAAAUAGUUUCCAAGGUGCCGCGGACUCCCAGGAUGUGGUUGUGGGAAUCGCACCAGGGAGGAGGCGGCUUUGUAAAAGUUGCAGAAAAAGCUUUACCCAGAAGCGUGCGUCCAGCCGGGCUCAAGAAAGCUUGGGACCAACUCGCCUUGCCCCGGGCAGAGGAGCCCCCUGGAGAGCCCCCUGCCCAGACCUCUCCCCUCACCUCGAAACCGCACGUAAAUAACCUCCCGCUGCCUGCCCCGCAAACUUCUACGCGCGGUGCCGCGCUUGGCGGGCGAGGCCCGGACGCAGAGCCGGCCCGCAAGGCCGCUUGUCGGCCCACUCAAGCCAGCCUUGAUACAGGCUUGCGCGGAUGUGAGAGGAUGAGUGUGGUUCCGGCUCCCACUUGGCUGCCCAGACCAUCACCGCCGGCCUCUCAGAGCAAGAGCUCCCCUCGGGAGCGGUGGUCUUGGGGAGCUGACGAGGGUGCAAAAGGCGCGCGCGGGGCCGCGGGGGGGGGGCGGCCGCCGGUCUCUCCACGGGGCCUGUCGCCGGGCCGGCCGCGGCGGGUGAGUGAUGAGGGCAGAGAAGGGCGCCCAUAAAUCGCGGGUGUCAGGGCGAAAAACUCUCUUUAUUGUCUGCGUGAUGGAUGGGCCCGGGGACGAGACACCAAAUACUUCGUAUCGCCUUUAAAUGGGAACACAUUUUCCGCGGCCAUAAUUCAUGUUUUUUAAAUAGAAAGUUUGAAAUGUUGCCUAUAUUUCACCGGCCCUGACAUAUUUAUGAAUCGCUCCCUGCAUGCAAAUAUCAUUAUUUAAAGCGCCGGGGAGAGCUCGAGGGAGGGAGGAGGCGCGGCCCCCGGGGCGUGGGGGUGGUGAACUGGGGAAACGCGAAUGGAGAGGGGGGAUAGGCGCCCUAAAGUGCGGACAAUGAGGCGCGGAGGAAAGCCGUAUCCGGCAGCCCAGCGCACCGGGGGCUCCCCUCCCACCGCCGGACCCCUCACAGCCGCUCGGGGAAGUUUGUGCGGUUUGGGGGUCCCACCCACUGCCAGGAGACCAGGGGGCAUUUUGCGUCCGUCUCCGAGGCUCUGAUCAGAGCCACCUUUUCCGAGAAGGAAGUAAAAAAAAAAAAUAAUUUAACAAA